AAAAGUAACGGAAGCCCGCGAUUAUUGCAUAAAUUUAGUUAUUUUUAGUGCAGCAUUUUAAAGUGAUCUACAGAUUAAGCUCGACUGGAAACAGUUUUUCUUAGCACUUCCUAAAUCAAAAUUUACCUGCCCGUUCCCAACGCUGGAAAGCUAGCCCAAUACGAGCCACACGCAGUUAGCUUACUAGCUAACGUAACAUAACAAGUCAGCUAACGUUACCCGACUACCGCCAAUCAAGUGUCUGCCCAGGACAGAACAUUUUCAGAAGCAGACACGGAAGAUGCCAGUGAAACAGAUCUUGCCAAGCACGACGAGGAUGACUAUGUUGAAAUCAAAGAGCAAAUGUACCAAGACAAACUGGCCUCUCUGAAAAGACAGUUGCAGCAAUUACAAGAAGGUACACUGCAGGAGUAUCAGAAGAGGAUGAAGAAGCUGGACCAGCAGUACAAAGAGAGACUCCGAAAUGCAGAUCUGUUUCUCCAGCUUGAGACAGAGCAGGUGGAGAGGAACUACAUCAAGGAGAAGAAGGCAGCGGUGAAGGAGUUUGACGAUAAAAAGGUUGAACUGAAGGAAAACCUAAUUGCAGAGUUGGAGGAGAAGAAGAAGAUGAUCGAGAAUGAAAAAUUAACAAUGGAGCUGACAGGCGAUUCAAUGGAGGUAAAACCUAUCAUGACUCGGAAGCUGAGGAGACGGCCCAAUGAUCCAGUCCCAAUACCAGAUAAACGGAGAAAACCUGCACCAGCUCAGCUAAAUUAUUUGUUAACAGAUGAACAGAUAAUGGAAGAUCUAAGAACACUUAAUAAGCUCAAGUCACCAAAACGGCCGGUGUCGCCCUCGUCUCCAGAGCACGUCCCCUCCGCUCCCAUGGAGAACCCCUCCCAGCGUUAUGAGGCCCGCAUCGAGGAGGGGAAACUUUACUACGACAAAAGAUGGUACCACAAGAGCCAGGCUAUCUAUCUGGAGUCAAAAGACAACACAAAGAUUAGCUGUGUCAUCAGCUCAGUCGGGACCAAUGAGAUUUGGGUGAGGAAGACGAGCGACAGUACAAAGAUGAGGAUCUACCUGGGACAGCUGCAGAGGGGAGCGUUUGUCAUCCGUCGACGGUCGGCUGCGUGAAACAUUACCCCACCCAUCCCCUUCCCACCCAACCCCCAUCUGUUCAUUUAUCCAUUCAUCCACCGGCUCGUUCAUCCUCUAUUUCUCUAUUUGGUGCAUCUCAGUUGAGUUAUUCUUCAUCAUAUACACUACCCGCCCCAAUUAUAGAAGCAUACACACAUAGUCUUCCGUGGCCAAAAAUAACUCAUCAGAUUUGAUCUGUUUGAUCUGGUACAGUAAAAGUGGUCAUAUACGCAACUGACUGUUUUCCAGCAUUAUUUGUCACUAUGUGGCACGUGUGUGUGUGUGUGAAGGUAGUUUGUGAUCAUAAAGGAGCCUGCUUUGAUUUUUGUCUCAUGCUGUAAACACAAAUCCUUUCUACACCAUGCAGUCUUAUUUACAUUUAUCAUUAAGUUAUUUUUCUUCAACAGCAUCAUGUUGCCCCACAGAAACUGUCUUCAAGCCUUUGUAACUGUCUCACUGGCGACAUGUAACGAAGCAUGCACUGAAAAACAGAUGAGGAAUUGCUUUAGGUUUGGCUGAUUAUCAUGAAUCCCAUGACUAACUACCAGGAGUCAUGCCAUUUUCAAAAGAACAUGCCUUCUGUCACUGUCAUCAAGUAAUGGCUGCUUGCUGUGCUGAAGGUUUGCCCUAAUAACAUGUUCAAAAGUCCUAUAUAUAAACCCUAAAUUUCUUAUUUGAAAGAAAAAAAAAAGUAUUUUGAGGUUUUAUGUUAUUUCUUUGCCAUUUUAUGUGAUCCUCUCCAUAUGCGAUCUGGAUUAAUUCAAUUGUAUUUGCAUGUGGAGCACUAAGUUUACUGUUGAUUUGUACUGUGUUCCAUUUUAUUAAAAAUGUUUUCUGCAUUUUA